UGUUUUCCGGCUGUCUGCCGCUGCUACAGUGCCACUGCUGUCGCUUACAAUGUCAGCCGAUAACGAAAAUGAUAGCUCUUCAAAGAAACGACGGGUUGGCUUUGAAGAAGAAGUCGGAAUCACAGAAUUCGUCGGAGAACACAAAGGUUUCAAUGGCGUGUUGAAACAGAGGUAUUCUGACUUCCUAGUGAACGAGAUCGACCCAUCAGGAUGCGUAGUGCGAUUAGAAACGCUGGAGCCUCCGCCCGAGCCGAAGCCGGACACUAGUUGGGCAGACGAUAAUGUGAGCACUGAGGCGAAGGAGCAUUUGGAGCUGCUGGCUGAUGGACAGCGCACUGAACCUGUGGUCAUUCCGGUAGCUGGACUGAGCAAAGAGCAACGCGGUCAGGUGCACGUCUGGAUCCGCGCCCACUGGCCUCACUUGGAGAGCCACACGGCUACGGAUAGCACUGUGCGUGUGAGCCGCUCCAAGGUGCAGCGACGGCGCGCUGCACCGUGGCCCUCAGGCCGGCCGAGUUACACCACCUUCGUGCUGUACAAGGAGAAUAUGGACACUAUUGAAGCUGUCAAUCGGAUAGCCACAUUUCUUGGGAUGCGUCCAUCCUGCCUGGGGUAUGCGGGAACCAAGGACAAGCGGGCGAAGACCUGCCAACGGGUCUCUUGCCACCGCCUGCCCGCGAAAAAGCUACUGAGCCUCAACCGAAGACAGGGUCUUUGGGUGGGCAACAUCACGUUUGAAAAUGCAGCCAUUAAGCUAGGUGACCUGCAGGGGAACCGGUUUACCAUUGUCUUGAGAGACAUCGAUGGCACAAAAGCUGAUCACGAGGAGGCGAUGAAAUCGCUGUCGAAGAAUGGGUUUCUGAACUAUUACGGCACUCAACGUUUUGGCACCACAUCAGUGGCUACUCACCAGAUUGGUCGGGCUCUUCUGAAAGGCUGCUAUGAGGAAGCAGUUGACCUGGUGCUUCAGCCACGGGACGGGGGAGCUCUUGCAGAGUGCCGCGAAGAGUGGGCAAGGUCGAAGGACGCCGCACAGGCUCUGGCGAAGCUGCCACACCGGGGUUGCAUCGAGGGGCUGCUGUUGCGGGCACUGACUAAAGGGGGUGCCACGAACUACCUCGGCGCCCUGCUUGCCCUUCCGAGAAAUGUGCGCCUGCUGUACCUGCACGGAUACCAGAGUUACGUGUGGAACCGGCUCGUUUCACGGCGGGUGCAACGAUUUGGCCUCACCGUGCUUCCAGGGGAUCUGCUCAUGACACCCGGUUUAGGAGCCGAGGAUAGCCGGUCCAGAAGACUGUGGAAUCUGACUAGUGUGCAAAUGUUAGUGCUGCCACUUCCUGGCCACAGCGUGCGGUACCCACAGAAUGAAAUUGCUGAUUGGUACAAAGAAAUACUGGCUGAAGAUGGACUCACCCUGAAUUCUUUCAGUGAACAGAAGCACAGAGACCUGUCGAUGAGCGGCUGCUACCGCCACCUGGUGGCUGUACCUCGGGACGUGCAGUGGCAGGAAGUGAGCUACACUGACCCUCAGGCUGCGCUGGUGCUCAGUGACCUCGACAAACUGCAGGGCCUGCCAGAGCCUCCAAGCUGUGAAAGUGACGAGAAUGCUAGGAGGGCAUUGAAGCUGGAGUUCAACCUGAGCUCGUCAUGUUAUGCCACCAUGGCUGUAAGAGAACUUCUGCAUCGAGAAUGCACAUCAUGGACGCCAAUUGCGACAAGUUGAUAUUUCUGAACGCCAAUAAAUAAAACUCCACAGUUUCACCUGAAGGGAGAAACAAUGCAGCAA